AAGAAAACCAGGAAAACUGCUCUGUCCUGAAUGUAGGACUCGACCGGUGGAGGCCACCUCACCAAUUAUCUGCCUCUGGAUUGGUUGACAGCGUUACACCUGUUCGGAAGUCCUACCGCGCCUUUGAUCAUAUCUGAGGCACACGUGACGCUUGUUUGUCACAGUCCAUGCUACAGUGGGCUUGGUAAACCGGCCACAACUCAACGGGCUUCGGAGGAGAGAGCACUUGAUCAUGAAAAGCAAUGUCUUUCUAUCGCAAUAUCGUCUGGUUUCUCAAAGGAAUUAACGAAUACACAAGGAGUGGCUAUGAGCAAGCAGCUAAACACUUUGUGGCCAAGGAGCUGGAUGUGGCUGUGGUAGGAAGGUCCUUCAUAAUAACAGGAGCUAACAGUGGCAUAGGGAAAGCCACUGCCACGGCUAUAGCUAAGAAAGGUGGUACAGUCCACAUGGUAUGCAGGAACAAGGAGAGAGCUGAGAAGGCCAAAGAAGAUAUUGUCAGGGAGACAGGAAACACGGAAGUAUACGUUCACCAUCUGGAUAUGUCCGAGACACACAAGGUGUGGGAGUUUGCUGAAUCCUUUAAGAUGCAAUACCCCUCCCUCAAUGUGUUGAUUAAUAAUGCUGGGUGUAUGGUGAACAAGAGAGAGGUGAACGAUGAUGGUCUGGAGAAGAGCUUUGCCACCAACACACUGGGAGUGUAUCUUCUCACCCAGAGCCUCAUUCCACUACUUCAGAAGAGCAGGGAUCCGAGGGUGAUAACAGUAACAUCAGGGGGCAUGCUGGUCCAGAAACUCCAACCUGAUGACCUCCAGUCUGCAAAAGGUUCCUUUGACGGCACCAUGGUCUACGCACAGAAUAAGAGACAGCAGGUGGUGCUGACAGAACAAUGGGCCAAACACCACCCAGCCAUCCACUUCUCCGUCAUGCACCCUGGAUGGGCCGACACACCAGCGGUUUCCACAUCUAUGCCUCAGUUCCACCAGAUGAUGGGGGAAAGGCUGCGUAGUGCGGAGCAGGGAGCGGACACUGUGGUGUGGCUGGCACUGACCCGUGCUGCUGGCAGAACACGCAGCGGAAAGUUCUUCCAAGAUCGGCGGGCGGUCCCAGCCCACCUGCCCCUGGCCUGGACCCACAGUUCCCCCGAGGAGGUCCGGUCCUUCAUGACCCAGCUGGAGAUCUUGGCCCAGGCUGCGAAGCAGCCUCGCACUGACGCACAACCCAGUUUUGACCCAACUUAUUGAAAGGUCUUGUGACCCACCAGCACCAAAAGAGUACAUAUCCAGUCUCAAGCUGCAAACCCAAUGUAACCAAACAACCACUUUGAUAAAAUUUCUUACCUAACCAAUUAUAAUUGAUUCAGCUCUUAGGAAUCUUAACUUCCACUUGUCGUGCAUUGAUAUCAAUGGACCCUUAGUGAAAAGUACUAUAGUUAAGGUUCAGUAUGUGACCACAGACCUAGAGGUAGGUGGCUCAUUCUGAUGCUACAGUUCGAAAUUAUAGUAUUCAUAGUUUUUCAUUUGACUCUUAAGUAUCUCUAACCUGUCCUCAAUGUUUUUCGUUGGUAUUAAAGGACUUGAACCCAGA